AUGGCGACCACCACCACCUCCUCCAAAUCCAGCACCAUCUUCUCUACCUUCCUCAACCUCCUCGCCGUCCUCGCCCUAAUCGGCAUCCUGAUCGUCGUCGCGCUCUUGCUCAAGGAAAUCCACCUCAUCUCCAAGGAUAUCGAGGACAUCUCCGCGCUCUUGCUCAAGGAAAUCCACCCCAUCUCCAAGGAAAUCGAGGACAUCACCACGAAACUGUCUAAGGUCAUCACGCCAGGUUAUCCACGUGAUUCCAUCAAUAUACAGAAUAGCGAAAGGUCGCCUUGGUAUGUGGAGGUUGUGAAGUCGUAG